CUUCUCUUCUGUAUCACUUCAUUUUUACAGUGUCGAUGUAACACAUAUAUUCCAAGAAAUAAAAUAAAAAGUAAAAUAGCAUGUUAUAGGACCCUAGGGUACUGUUGAAUGUGUAAAAUAAGGCAAUUUGAUUAUUUCAGUUUGUACUGCUUUGAAUUAUUUGAAUGUACGCUAACCUUGAGUGUUACUAUAGACGAUUUCUCAAAUAUGUAAGCAGAUGGGGAAAAAAUCUGCAAAAGACAAAUCCCCCAAAGUUGGGGAUCUACAUUUUACUUCAGAUCCAAAGGACUAUGUUGUAACUGGUAAUUUGGAAAAUGAUUUUCCUGGAUUAUGUAAACAAAGUGGUGUCACUCACUGUCCAAUUGUAUCCACAAAACACUCCCAAGCCAUAAUUACACAGACAGUAUCUUCUUUACCGUCGUCGAAACGGUCAAAAGACGAUAAGAAAAGUCCUCAGUCUCAAAAUUCAUCAGUUACUAAAUAUUCUGACGAAAUACAACCGCCAUUAGGAUUCAAUCCUACAACAUUCAAGUUAUGUAAAACACUGGAAUAUUUGAAACCGAAAAUAAUUAUUCAGCAGGAAAAUCCUGAUAGACCGGAAACAGUUAAUGAAGUUUCUAUAAAAGGUUGGAAAAUAAGUAAUAGUCAACUGGAUGUAUUAAUCAAAUGUUUUUCUGUUGCGAAUAAGCUUUCCAAACUAGUAUUUUGGAGAGUUGGAUUCACAGCUGAACAAAUAACUCAAUUAGCUUCAUUCUUAUCUACUAAUAAUACUAUAAAAUCAUUAACAAUAGAUGCUAAUGAAGCAUUAGAAAUUGGUUCAUAUGCUCAAUUAAUUGAUGAAUCUAAUAAUUUAACAAAAUUACGAUUAAGAUAUUGUGAAAUUGGACCAAUGGAAGCAAAAUCAAUUAGUCAACGAUUAGGAACAAUGCAAUAUGUCAAUAAAAAAUUAAUAAAUCUUGAUCUAUCGGGUAAUCAGCUAGGAGAUGAAGGUACAAUUUAUUUGGCUGAGGCACUAAGAACAAAUCGUACUCUACUUACAUUAUCAGUUAGCAACAAUAAAAUUACAGAUAUUGGUUGUAUAGCACUAGCAAAGGUUAUAUCACAAUUUUUCUUAACCCAUGAAGAAAUUGUUUAUAGACGAUUAUGUCAGUCAGAGAAAAGUAAAUCUGAAUCUAUUCCACUAACUUCUAGUCCACUAGGACAUCGUAAAUCUAAAGUAUCCCCAAGUGCACGUGACGCAUCGAAAGAGUCUACACAAGGUGUAAGUGGUGCAAAGAAACGCGACAAAUCUGUUCGUGGUCGUAAUGCUAAGGAUACUGAUAGUAGCAAGGACGAUAAAAGUGGAGGUAAAGGAAAGAAAAGUGAUAGUAGUAAUUCACCUAAAAAAGCUAACCAAGAACAAAGUAGAUCUAGUGGAAAGAGUAAAACAGGAAGAAAUACACGAAGUGCUAAACAAACAUCAGAUACAGAAAGACUCGAGCUAGGAGUGAAAUUCAGGACCUAUGUUUCAUCCUAUUUAAUACUCAUUAAUUGGAUGUAAACAGAUUCCAUUGCUGAUGUUUACAAUGAUGUUUGAACUUAAUAUCCGUCAUAUCAAACGCCGAUACACUAUCUACUAUGAUAAUUAUUCAAGAUUGCUAAUAAAAUCUGAUCAAUUUCGGUCUUAAACAUUAACUAUGAAAAAAUAUAAAUCUAAACAAAUUUGAUGCUUUGUGUUUUUCUGUUUAGAUCUUUCAGUCUACUAGUAGGUUUUUCGACAUAAUCUGUUGUUUAUAGUCUCCAUUUUAAAUAGUCUCUAUAUGUAGGUAUAACUUAGCAUUGCUGACACGCCUUUCAAUUAUUUGUUGUCUUAACUAUAUGGGUUAAUUAUUUGCUUUGAGUUUCGUCUAGUAAAGCACUUUAGGCUUAGAUUCUUCAAUGUAAACAAGUGGUUUCACAGAAUUAAGGUCACUUUUUGAAUAGCUUGACCUAUAUAGAGGUUAAUACUUUAAAUACAUCAAGAUUUCAUAAGUUAUCAAAGCAUAUAAAUUGCUUCAGUUUGUAUUUGUGCUCUAAUAAAACAAUACAUAGUAGUGAUUUCUUAAAUUUAAAGAAGACUGAGGCUAUUGAUCUUGUGUAUAAUGAAGGAC